GAAUUAGUUUAUCCAGGUGAAACAUUUCAAGAAGACGUUCUGAAUGUUACCCCACAUACGUGAUACACUUGUUUAUGUUCAUGGAUGAAGACAUUUGGAAAAGAGUACCUUUAAUAAACCAAUAUAUAGACUCAUACCAGGAAUUUACUACAUGUAGAUCAUUACAAGAACUUAAAAGACAUAGUAUUUAUUUAUCUGAUCAAUAUAUUUUGUAGCUUACCAAGAUGUUUACUUGUGCUUUAACGCUAGCCCUCUUUGGCAUCGGAUUUUACUACUUUAUUGAAUACAGAGACUGGUUAGACUGGGACAAGAAGUAUAUAUACAAGGUAGAACCUGGGCAGUGUAAAUAUGUCUUAGAAGAUGGUGGAUCCGAAGAUUUGACACAUAUUGGAGACGGCACUAUUCUUAUAUCUGCUGGAUUUGAAUUUGGAGCUAAAAGUGGAAAGAUAAAAAAUUUGAAUUUGAACACCAGCGAAGUUAUAACCAUGAAAAUCCUUAAUCAACCAAAUAGAGAAGAGUUCCUUGGUGGCAUUCAUGGUAUAACUACCUGGAGAGACACUUCUACAGGUAAGAUGUAUCUGUACACAUUGACACAUCCAUCCAAAGAAGACAGAGUUGAAGUUUUCGAAAUGACAAGCCCGACAGAGCUAACAUACAUACGCACCAUAACAGACCCUUUGUUUACAUUUAUGAAUGACCUUGUAGCUGUCGGGAAGGACAAGUUUUACAUAACCAAAUUUUGGCAAAGUCGAGAUACAUAUAUGGAAGCCGCAGAGAUGUAUUUACGGUUAAAAACUGGCGGAGUCAUGUACUAUGACGGAAAGAAAGCCCGCCAAGUGGUGUCUGAUUUACAAAUGCCAAAUGGUAUAAAUAUAUCACCGGAUGGAAAGACUGUUUAUGUAUCAGAGUUCGAUGCAAAGAAGCUGCUUGGGUUUAGCAGGGAUAGCACUAAUAAUCUACAAAAGUCUUGGGAGGUGUACACUGACACUAUGCCGGACAAUAUUGAAGUUGACCCUGACACCGGCGAUCUCUACAUAGGUUGUCAUCCAAUUGCCUACAAAAUUAUUGAUAGUGUCUUGAAUCUAUUCGGGUUUGCAUAUCCCUCACAGGUACUACGAUUCAAGAUGCGUGACAAUAUGGUGUCAGAAAUAGAAGAAAUAUAUGCAGAUGAUGGUUCAGAACUGAAAGCAUCUACUGCUGCAACGUAUGCGAACGGAAAACUCGUAAUUGGAACUGUUCGAGACCAGACCGUUGUGUGUGAUGUAAAAUAUCAUUCAGACUGAAUUUAAAUACAAAACUGAACAAGAUAAACAGGAAAUAAGACAAAAUAAUAUGGAAACAGGUCAUUGACUUGUGAACGUUGUCAAUGAAUAUGAUCUUUGUCAUAAAACUUUGAUGUUCAAUAUCUAAAAACCUUACUGUAUUAUUUAGCAGUUAGAAAUAUUAAAUGGUAUUAAAUUCAAGUUACUAUUUUCUUUACAUAUAUUUUUAUAUAUACAGUGUAACUGUACGUGUACAUACAGUAAAUAAGUAUAUACUGUAGCUAAAAAGGUGCUUUACACUUAAUGAGCAGUUCAAUACAUGUAGAUGUACACGGCUAUGAAAAGCUAUAAUGUCAAAAUAUGUUUUAUAGAUUACACUGUUCUGUAUUCCGAAACCACAUGCUGGGUAUUUAAACAUACAAUAAAACGAACGCGUACCAGUAAUUCACCUUUACAUGUAGUUACAUUUAUUAUUGAAAUAUAUUAUACCUAACUGCAUCAAUGUUACUUUACCUGCUCUGGUCCGUCUUAUAUUUUAGUCUGAUUUCUCAGUGCGUAAAUUUAGCAUGUAUUAAUUGUAUAAAUUGUUAAGUGUUAUUUAGUCGGGUUACUUUAGUAAGACCUGCUGUUGAGAAUUCAGCAAUGUAUCCCAUAUAUUGUCCUAUUCGGUAGUCACUUCUUUCUGUUGGAAUUUGGGAGUGUUAUAUAUUUUUGAAAUUUAAAAAUAAAUAAAAUAAUUCAACUUCAUGACACUCAUGGAUACACCAUUAGCUCACAACAGAAGUUCAUGUAUUUUUUCUCAAGUAUUUGGUUUGAGGGUAUGUGUAAAAGCCACAAAUAAACAGAAUUUAAACGAGGGAAAAACAUUUUAUGUCUUUGCAUAGUUAACCAGUACAGACAUAAUUUACCUUUGAUUUCAAACAUCCAGACAUAUGCUACAUAUGCGCAUGUGUGCGAGCUCAUGAAAACUUUGAAUAAUAAUUCAAAACUUAUAAUUUAUAUAAUUCUCUAAAUAUGUUGAAGAAGACGACAGGAAAUCAAAUAAAACGGUUAGAGUAAUCACCACAUUCUUCUCAGCAAACUUAGUUACUAAUUGCACAUUUACGAACCAAGUACUUUUCAAAAACUUUCUUUCCAAAAACAAUUUGUAUCGUGAUUGCUUUCCACAGCAAUUUAGUUUUAAUUUAGUAUUAACAGCGUGUAAGAUUUCUUUAUUCUGUAUUCACUGUAUUUCGUGAGAGCUAUAUUUCACUUAUACUGUAACAACUGACCUUGUUUUAGUAGUGCGUCAAAGUAAGGACACGUCACAGAAACGUGUUGAAAAUUAUUAAUGACACAAAAUAGGCAACUUUGGUGGAUGUCACAUCAAAAUCGACAUUAUUUUAUCGUUGCCUGAAAACUGGAUGCUUUUAAUUGUAUAACUGCAAUGCAUCAGAAUUCGAAAUAUCGAUUUUAUUCAACGAUGAAAUAACUGUUUUGCUAUAUAUUAUUUAAUAUUUGAACUAAUCACCAUAUAUUUUCAUAUGUAUAAUCGAUGUGUCUUCUUCCUCGAUUAAAUGCACACUUUUACAAAAGGAAGAUUUAAAAGCAAUUUUUUACAGUUUCUAUAGUUUCAUAUAAAGCGUACUAAAGCGGCAACACAUACGCGUAUUAAGUCCAUCUCUGGUACGAGUUCAAAAGUCAUCAAGUAGCUCCAGUAUAUCUGAGGGAAAUGUUUGUACUUACUCGACAACGGUACAGACUACGCUCGUAAAGUGGCACUAACUUUAACAUCCCAAGACGGCGAACAAAAUUAGCAGACAGGGCCCAGUUGUUCGAAACUUUAAUUAGCUGUAAAACUAACCCCCAAUUAAUUUUUUUUAUUCAAAAUAAUUGUUUUUGUGGGAAACACUAGUAUGAUGUUUUGUUUUUACUGUGAAGACAUUUAAGCGCACGUAAUUAUUAACUUAUAACUCUGUUUUUUUAAGUCUUCUGAAAUGUUGAAAUAUAACCCUAAAAGUUAAUCGGCUGUUAGCUUAAUCGCCUGUUAACGUUUCGAACAACUGGGUCCAGAUCUAUGGCCGUCGUUGGUCCCAAAAGGUGGAACGAUCUGCCUAGCUAUCUGAAAGACAUUCAGUCUGAAGCAAGCUUUAGAUAAAAACUGAAAACACAUUUGUUUAGUCAGUUUCAUGAACAAUGAGUGUACUCUUGUUAAAAUACAAAAUAUCAGUAAUGGUAUAAAAUAGUAUUUAUACAUGUCUAAAUCUCUAAAUUUAAGUUCUAGAAUCCUGUUCAUAUUUUGAAUGUAUAUAUUUUAAAUGUGUGUUAUGCAGUUGUAAAGCGCAAUAGAAUAUUUGCUAUAUAAAUGCCACGUAUUUGUAUUUGUAUAUUUGUAUAUUUGUAUAAAGUCGGUCUACUGUAAUAAAGAUUA